AUGAUCUCAAAUUUUGACGAAUUCUACUUUGUUGAAAAAGCAGUCACAGAAAUUUGGAUAUGGAUGUGGUUUGUUCAUCGUGUAUGGUCUACAGAUAAAUUUUCCAAUUUAAGAUGGCGUAAAAUUAAAGCAAUGGAAUUAAAAUCAAUAAUUACAACCUUGCUAUUAAUAGCAUUUCCAAUGAUGGCCAUUUAUGAUAUAUCAUGGAUCAAAAUUAAAUAUUCAGAAGGUCAUAUUGGACUGACAAGCACUAGUGCUGAUGGUCAUAAUGAAGAUAAAUAUAUUGAAAAGCCCUAUCUAGAUCCAAAUAAUUCAUCACAAAUUAUUUGGUCUAAAGAAAAUCAAAUAUUAAAAGAGACGGCCGACUAUUUACUCUGUGCCAUUUACUCUUUACAAACUGGCACGCUAAUUUUAUUACAGGCGUUUUGGAGCCAUUUAACAGAUCAAAUGGGCGAUAAGACAUUUAUGAAUUCUUGUGAAUUUAAAAUGUAUACUUUAUGGAGUUUUUUGUCAAUUCUGAUAUUUCCUAUACCGAGAUACAUGCUAGAGGACAAUCAGUUGCUUUCAGAAAUCCGAACAAGAAUAAAACUCAAAGAAUUACUAAAAAAAUUCCACCGAAAAUCACUUGAAAGUCAAGAAACCUCACUACGCAUAAGCUAUUUCUUAGAGAUGAACUGUUUGCUUAUGAUAGGAUUACUUUUAACUAGCAUUGGUUUUAUAAUUUUGUUUAUUGAAGAAAUGGCAAUAACGACAUCAACAAAUGCGCAAAUGAUAACAAUAAACGCUAUUUUUAGAGAUUUUUUAACGGUUUUAGCAAAUUUUGGAAAUUUGAUUUUAUGGGUGACGAUAAUUUUCAUUAUUUACCCAAGAUACCACAUAACAGGAUUAUUUGGUAGCUUAUCCCUAACCAAGAAAACUUUGAAUAGAUUGAGUAAGGUUAUUGUUAUUGUUAGUAAUGAUCAAUCAUCUUCUAUGACAACAAGUGAUGAUAGUGAGUAUUAUGAGGAAGAAGAUGUUGAAAGCGAUAACAAUAAGGGAGCACAAAGAGCAAGAUAA